GGGUGACAGGCCUCGGGUUGGGCCCCCGCUGCAUCGUCGGGUGCCAUUUGCGUGGCAGUAGCAGACUGUGUUGCGCUUUCUUUGGGUAUGCAUAGCCGGCUGGCCGUGGCGGAUUUGCCGCACCCAUUGACUUCCCUCGCGGUGGUUGGACGUUGCCUGGGGCCUCUUCUCGCCCGUUGUGCGCGGACUGCGCUCGAGUUCGUUGGCACUCCGAUAGCAUGUAGAGAAUGACUCAGCAUGCUUUACUCAUGUGGAGGAAAAUUGGCGAUAUGAAGUUAUCUAUUGUAACUCUCAUGAGGGUUAUUCUAGGUGUCGGUAUGACGGAAGACAAAAAUUUCGGUUAGCGUGAAGGUCGUUUCUCGAAUACAUCUUCCACCUGUCGGAUCGUUGCAACCGUGCUCUUCUUGUUGGCAUUGACGUCGUCGGUACUUUAGUUCUUCUACUGCCGAUGUUGCUUAAAUUUGCUUCAUUCGAUGCUCCUGUCGAGCGCGCAAUGCAGAGUGAAAGCAGACAAAGAAACGAGGAUUCGUGCAAAAAUAUACUACGAAAAACAUGGUCAUACAUAGGAUUAAUUAAUACACGCAAAUUGAUGCGAAACUGAAACGGAAAGUCAACGAAAGAGGCCAAUGAUCUGAUAAAGAUUGAUUAACAAAAAUAGAGGAACGAAGUGAAAAUGAUGAAAAAAACUUUCACGAAUGAUCUCGGGGGCGCUGGGUCACUGGGGCCCUCGGUGGCAAUCGGCAGCUCGCUGGGAGGUAUGUCGGGAAGCCUGGGGAGUAUGCCGGUUGGCCUUAGUCGGGUCGGAGUUGGUAUUAUUUUUACAUCUUGUUAUUUCUUUGUGGGAGUUGUAUGAUUAAUGUACACGGAGUGAGCAGUUUUUAGCUAAUGAUGUCUUCAAGCGCCCCUUCUACAACUAACCCACGGCUCCCUUUAUCUUCAUUCACAACUACUUCCACGAGGUGCCACGUCGGCAGCCACCGGGGCCGGGUCUUCGGGGUUGUCUGGCGGUGCGUCUCUACAUCGACCAAUCGGAGGAGCUUCUGCGAGGAUGAUGUCUAUCCCUGAAGAGUCUUCAUCUUCGUCGACGGCCCCUGCGACGGGUGCUGCAGCUCCGGGUACAUCGGGCUCUUCCAGUAGCUACUCGCGUGCAACAGGGACAGGCGGAGUCGGAGCAAGUGCUGUUCCAAAAAGCUACAUCAGUGGCCUGGCGACUAAUGCCAGUAGUGCAAGUGCAACUUCAGCAUCAACAUCCGCUGCGACAAACGGCGCAGGGGGCAGCUUUCUGCGCGGAAAUUUUUCGCCAGCUGCCACUCCGCCUUCGUAUCCACCGACAUCGUCAACUAUUGUGGCCUCCAAAGUCGGCGGCGGCGCCUCUGCACUCCCACCGAAGGGCAUGCUUAGUUCGCUCACCCAAGAAAACAGAAACGGAGGAGUUGGAGUCACUUCUGGGAAUCCAACUUUUGCAUCCAAGCAUGCGAGCGGCGGCGGAUUACUAAGCGGAGGCGCUCUUAGCGGAAACCCGACAUUCGCAAAACCAAGUGGAAACCCUACUACUUUCUCGACACCAAUGAGCGGCAACCCGACCUCUGCACCACCAUCUUCAAGUCUAAGCGGAAACCCAACAUUCUCAUUGUUCGCACAACCAUCAAGUUCAAGUCUAAGUGGAAACUCGACCUUCUCGGGAGGAGCAUCAUCAAGCGCGACAUCUGGCACCAUUGCGACGUCAGCGACAGCUCCUAGCUCUUUUAGUGGAAAUCCAACGUUUGCGACAAAAGCUGUUUCUCCUUUUCCCACUGGGAAUCCGACAUUCGCCGGUGGAGCGCUAGCUACAACAGCCGGCGCGACUAGUACAGGGGCCACAUCGACGCUAGCGGGGAGCAGUAGUGCACUUGUGAAAGUAGGCGGACCAGUUGGCGGUGGAUAUGGAUAUGGUCAACCACAACCAGCUACUGCUAGCGCAUCAUCAAGACUAGGCGUUUUGGAAAAAGCCUCUAGUGCGUCUCUGGCUGGCGCCCUAGCGCAAGCAUCAGGCAACGGUACUACAACAAAUCUUGCCCCACAAGCCGCGUCUUCCAGUUCCUCUUUUUCAACAUUGGGCGCUCCAUCCUCGGGAGUUAUGAUCGGCGGAAGCGCUCUCGCAAUACCUUCAUCGUUGACGACAGCUGUUGUACCAGGACCAGCAGAGCAGGCAACGAAACUGACGGACUUCAAGGUUCGGACGGCUGCACAGUGGGGCUUGGAACCAGGCAAACUCAAAGAAUAUAUUGAGGCUCCACUGAGCAGCGCCAUGUCGUGGCCUCCACGCGCUGCGGAAGUCAAGAAGGAUCUUCGCAAAUACCUCAUGAAGAAGGGAAUUUCAAACAAGUACUCUUUAUAUUUAUAGGUUCAAUCAGCAUCCGCGUGUCCUACUCUGUUGUUUUUCAGAGUCUAAGUGAUGACAGACUCGUCGUUUUUUGUUUAGCUUGACACUAAACGAGUUGCAGUUGGGCUUUUCUGUCGAGGAGAAUCACAAGUCAACAAAUCCGAUCGCAUACAACAAUAACAUUAACAACUCUAAGGUCUCUCCUUCUUUUCGACAUUGUGGUCGUUGGAAAUGCGCGUGUUGAAGGUGUCUACAAGUACAUGGAGAAAACAGCCCCAGUUAGCACUGGCUCGGCGCCAGCGUCUGCGUCUACACAAAUCAUGCCGGGUGACACCUCAGGAAGUACAACUGGACCAACCACAGGCGCCUCUUCCUCGUCAUCAAAGCGUCCGAAGAGUGCGACGGUCAAAUGGUAUCAGCAUACAACUCGCAGGCUUACCCUGCAGCACGACAGCGCAGCGAAGCGGUGGAGGUUCAUGGAGCAGCGUGCACUCUAUGAGGGUGACACAAUUGUACCGGCGUCGCCCGAGGACAAUACCUUGUCUCUGAAGAACCUCAAAAUGCCAAAAAAAACGGUAGCGUAUGGAACCCCGCAGCUCAUUUGCUGGUGUACCUCAGCAGAAACGCAAGCAGAACAGCUUUCGCGCGAUAUGGAGUGGCGAGAUGAGAUGGGAAACGCAAUGACGCCCCAUUUUGUUAUCAAACCGAAACCACGGGGCACUGUUGGUAUAAUUGACAUGGACACGUAUUUUUAGAUGUGGUACUUAAUCUUCGUGUCUAUCUCAUGUCAGUACUCUGACUUACAACUCUUGUCAAUAAUCAAGUCGAUAUCAUUGCGACAAGAUCUGUGUGGUCAUAGUCACAGAGAAGCCUUUCCACAAUCAGCGUUGUAAGUACUUACUUGCCACUUGCUUAACUUUUUAGGUGGAAAAUCCGGGUCCAAGACACCACGCGCGGCCUCGUCAAAAGCUAGUUCGAAGAAGACUACCGCGGAUCUAUCUCCCUCAUCGCAAAUGCGGCAUUCGAAGGAAACUAUUACAAAAGAGUUAGACGAACUCGGCUUGCUGAACAAGAAAACCCCUCGUCGACCGAAAUCGGCGCCAAGAAAAUGUACUUCUCGUCUGUGUUGAUUUUUGUUGCUUCUCGAAAUCGAACAAGAAGUAGAUACAUUAUAUUCUUAUUGAUUCAACAUCGAGUGUUAGCGUCUCACGGGGGACCAUCUCCAUUCGCGCCUUUACUACACUCAACAGAUGCAAACGCAAAAAGCGAACUGACGGCGAAAAUCGAGUCUCGACUUUCCCGAGCAAAGAUCGCGCCAAGUGCCUCGUCGAUGGACCUUGCGCGCCUUCGGAAAUCUUUGCUUGACGACUGUGCGAAAUUUGUGAGCAAAAUAGUGAAAGAGAAGCAAGUAGAGGCCGAGAAAAUCGAAGCGGCUCGUCUAGGUGAAGAACCGCCUACAUCAUCACUCAGCGACAAAGCAAAAGCUGAACAAGCUGCUGGUGCGGCAAGCAGUGGCGAUGCUGGAGGAAAGGACGACAAACAAACGAAAUUGGCAGACUCGUUAACAUCAUCUGAUCCUGUUGCUCUUGUUGCGGGUAAAAUGCAGGCAGGAACUACAAGUACUAGCUGUACAGAUACAACAGGUGCUGCGGCCCCUAUUAUGUCUGAUUCGGAAAUUCUGGAAAAAGUUUUGGUUGGAGGUGCCACGACUCAGAAAUCUCCUACGCAGCAAAAAGCAGGGUCGCCAACUGGCAUUUUGCAGAGAUCUGCUGCUAGGAGUGCCCGUUUACCGCAUGAUAAAACAGGAGCUUAUCGGGAAAUAGUCGACCCAGACGAAGAGCGUUUUGAGAAGUACUACGCCGCUGCGGAAGCACAUGAAGAUCGCGGUGAGUAUCUGCUCGCCUCGCGGGCAUACAAAGACGCACUGCGCGUGCGUCCAAAACACCAAAGUGUGCGUCAAAGAUUGCACUACAUACAGAAAACGUUUCUCACGUCACCUCCCCAGCGUACGCGGCGGCCAAUGCUGCGCUUUGUGUCGCAUUAUAACCUCAUGAUUCGCUACUGGGAUCAGGCAAAAGCGACUCUUGCAAUAAAGGAGUGCGAGAACGCGAUAUCAAUACUCAGUACUAAAAAAGAACAUUUUUAUUCAUUCAUAAAUUCCGUACAUGCAGAAACUAAACAUCCACUGAAGAGACGCUGAUGUACACGCUCACGCGUGGCACAUAACAAAUAGUUUGUGAGCAUUUAUCAUUAUUCUUCAUAUUCUACACACCUUACCUAAUCAGGAAAAUUCGGAUUGCCACUUGGCGGAAUGAUCGAUAUUCUCGACAAAUUAGCAAUUCUGCACCAGGAUUUUCGUCCGCGCGAACAAACAUUGCUGGACGCAAUUAACCGACCGAAUCUCUCAAAUUUGAAAUUGCAGCAGCUCAACUACAAGCUUGGCGUGCUUUACUUAUGACCAACAUUUUUUUCCAACUUUAUUUCCUCGUGUCUACGCGUCCGCAUGUUGUCUGGUCAAGUAAAUUUUUUUUUUCGCUGUAGAAAUACUCGGCGCCCUAUACGAGGUUUUACUCUGAGUAAAAAUGAAAAUUGAUAAGUUCUUUUUGUGCGUGCUGGAUAAGCAGAACGUGAACGCAACGACGGGCUUGAAGAAGUCUGUAUCCACCCUUACCUCUUUCAUAUUCCUUUGACAAGCGCAUGCUGCAUCGAGCCGAAUCGUUUUUCCACCGGGUUGAGGCGGGUUUGAAGGAAAGAGCCUUUCUGAAGCUGCAUAAGGGGGAUGAGAAUGGGUGUCAAGGUGUACGACUCGAGCUCGAGGGGAUUCGUGACGAUCUGCUAGUAAUGCAAUUGAAAAAACGGCGUUUUUCCACAGAGCAGUCCAUUGUGGCUGGUGUUGCGUCUGACGUGGAUUUCAGCAGUGCAGAGGAGGCUGUUGCUGGUUUGUCGUCGUCAAGAAGUAAGAUGUUCAAUAAAGCCGCUAUUAACAGCGCAUUGUCCUCAGCGCGACAGCUCGAUGAUGGUAGCGCUAAUGCGAAUGCUAGAGGAGACGGCAGUGCAUCACCGUCUGCCAGAGCAGGCGGUGGAAAACUGAAGCCGUCGUCUGCAACGCCGCGUGGCGGACCGACAACCUCGAACUCAGAGCCAGAAGACCGCGAAGCCGGGGGAGCUGGAGGUCGUGGCAGAGGUGUGGUCAAGAGUAUCGAUAUCGAUAACGUCGCAAGAGCUAUAGUCUCUAGGUCAAAAAAUGACGUUGACAGGAAUAAACCUGGCGCCGCACCACCAGGCUCGUCUUCCUGUUACAUGCUCGAAUUGGAUUCGAAUGCUUUGACACGAGACAUUUUUUCCACGUCAAUCCUUCCCGAUUUUCUAGCUCGCUUUUCACCUCUUUUCGGUGAUGACGAAACGCACGACGGCUACUUGCGUUUGGUGCCAGCUGGGACGUGGUUGCAAAAUCUUCUCCGCCGGACUGAUCUCGACUGGUGUCUGUAAUAUCUAGUACUAAAGCAUGCAGCAUUGAAGCGCGGCGUCAGCCGCGCCAGCAGAGAGGGACGCACAUACUUAAGUAUCUGGAUGACAAACUUGAUGCUGAUGAUGAUAAUCCGAAUCCCCACCUUUUACACUAACUAUACGCCCUAACGACUGUGGUUCAGCCGUUUCUCGUAGUUUUUCCGCGCAAAUAAGAAAUUCAUUCUUAUAUAUUGAUUUAUUAAUCAUUGCACUCGACCACCUGCUCACUUAUGAUUUCUUUGACGACAUUCCCAUUAGGGUCCGAUCGCUGAGCUUUUCGUCCAUUUCUUUGUUUCACACCAAGUUCAUUGUUUCUUUUUACUUAUCUUAGUGCUGUUACGGUAAAAAAAACUGAAGCUCGAUAAAAACCCUGUUUUCGCACCAGUACUAGCACUAGGACUAGCUGAACUAAAUUUAUAUUUUAUAACCGGGAAGCUGGUGAUAGAUGUUUGAUUGUCGUUAGCUUGAUAGAUAGAUAUGAUUUCUUCUAGCUAGUAAAGUAUCUAUGUCAAAUUCCAUUGAUACCCAAAUGUCCUUCCGUUGUGAUUUGGAUGAAUCAUUUCUUGUGCUAAAAGACGGAAGGUUUGUUGCUGCGGUUGCAGGAUUCCUAGCAGAAGUGGACACGAAUAUGUUUGUCAAAUCUUUCGCGCAUUCAGCCGAUAUUCCAUUGCUGUAUGUAUUUUCAGUGCGAACAACAUAGGAAUACUAGAUGGAUUCGUCCGUGCCUUCGACUCUGACGAUGGAAAGCGAAGCACCCAGCUUUGGAGACAUUUGUUGAGUUCUUCGAUUAGCAUGCCCACCCUACCGCACUCACGGUGGGUGGGACUCUUCUUGUACGAGAAUGCUGCUUCACUGUGGCCCUUUAC